AUGCCUCCACAGGCUAUACGAUUGCUGCGGCAAUGGUAUGUCGCUCGCCCCGAUUCUACCACAAGGGCUCAUCAGUAUGUGGACGAGGCAUGCGGUACUCCUCUAAGGGGAACUCGCAGACUAGACGCGGAGACUUUGCAAGUUCUACUAAGCUCCAGCUACGACACUGACGAGGAAACUUAUGGUGCCUCAUUCUCCACCUAUCAUCGUGCAGACCUGCACUCUGCCUUGCGCGUACGCGCCGAGAGUGCUGGUGCAAAGGUUGUUCUCGGGAAAAUGGCAGUCAAGCUCAACUGUGAGGCUGGCGAGUUUGUGGUCGUAGACUCUCACAGCAGGACGGGAAAGGAAGUCGUCAAAAAGGAUCUUAUCGUGCUAGCAGAUGGAGUCCACAGCAUGUUUGGCGCGCAUGUCACGGGCACGCAGAUACCUCUGCAUGAAACAGGACGAUCAGCAUUUCGCAGCUUAAUCCCCAUGGAUAAACUCCUCUCCGAUCCUGAAGCAAGCAAGCUGUUUCAACAAGGCGGACAUCUCGAUCUGACGGGAUGCACACAUCCCAAAACUGGAGUCUUUCUCGUCACAUAUCCCUGCCGCAGUGGCGAGGUCAUGAAUAUUGCCAUCUUCACCCGUAUGCAGCCCGAGAGCCGUCGAUUGAGCGACUGGGACUCUCCAGCCACAAUCGAACAAGCCUUGAAUGGGCUUGAAGGCUUUCACCCUUCCUUCAAAGCAAUGAUCCGGUGCGCAGAUGACAUGCGAGUAUAUACAGUCUUACACCGCGAUCCUCUACCCAACUACGUCAAAGGGCGAGUGGUGUUGAUUGGAGACGCCGCACACCCUAUGCUCCCCACGCUCGCAGCCGGAGGUUCCACUUCGCUUGAAGAUGCUGCCGCCCUGGAAGUCCUUCUCCACGGUCUGAAGCCAGAUGAGCCAGCCAAACUCGCAGAUCGAUUACGCCUAUGGGAGGCCCUGAGACUGCCACGAGAUGUCACCACGCAAGUUCUCAGCAAGACAAUGGUACAGCCAAAACCUGCAACUGCGUUCGCGAGCGAGGUCAGACACGAGUCGAGAAAGGCGCUGGAGUGGGCUGAACGAGAUGGAGGAUUUGCAGAGGAAAAUCUGAUGGCAGUCAUGCAAGAGAGAGGCGUGAUCAGGCAUUUCGGUGGUCCCUCCUCUGACUCUCCUACCACGGCCACCGCAUAG